AUGUCUUCUCUCCGUCUAGCAAUGACCAGUCUGUUAACCGGGUUGCGCCCAGAGGUGGUGGAAAAACUUCAGUCGGACAAGACUGGCUUUCCUCAAAAGCAACAUGUCUUCCAUGCAUCCGACGUUCCUAAAUGGAUGCAAUGGGACCCGUUUAUCCAACGAGGAUACCGAACCCAGCUGAAUAGUUUCAAGCGGUGUUUCUGGUCCCUAUUCUAUCUACAUAAUGAAUCAAUCAACACCUGGUCACACGUCCUUGCAGGAAUUUAUUUCCUCGCCGUUCUUCUCGCCACCGACUAUUGGAUCGCCCAACUGGGACUCAAAGUGCCAUUAUCAGACAUACUUGCUAUUCAGACGUAUGUUGCCGGCACUGCAGGGUGUCUCAUAUUCUCCGCUACCUUCCACGCAACCAACGCUCAUUCGCCUGAAGUCGCUCAUGCCUUCCUCAAACUAGAUUACUUCGGAAUUGUGCUCACCAUCUCAACUACAUGUAUCUCAGUCGCUUAUUUCGCCCUGCACGGAGAACCGAGGCUCCAAUGCGUCUACAUUUUCUUCACUGUUCUCUGCGCAGCUAUGGUCUUCUGUAUCACACUUGAUGUCGGUAUGGAUGGUACACGUGCUGGUCCAUGGAGAGCAACUGUAUUCACCCUUCUUGCGGCUAGCGGCCUAGCCCCUAUCUUCCACGUCAUCUCGAGCGGUUCCCCUCGCGAUUUCAUCCGCAUCCCUUGGGAGACUCUCAUAGUAACCUGUUCUUCAUACGCAAUUGGCACAGUGGCGUAUCUCUUCCGGUUUCCAGAGCGGUAUUGGCCGGCGCAAUUUGAUAUUAUCAUCUCCGCAUUUCACACCCCGGCUGAAUGGCUUGCUUCUCUAAUGCACAGGCCUACCAUGUCGGUGUUGGGCGACCCCACAUUAGUUCAGUGCCAUCAUGGGCGCAAACACUCCCAAGAAUACUCUUUACCCCAACCCUUACCUCCGCGACCGCUCUGCAAAACGAUCUCCAUCCCAACCGUAUCGUCGCUCGUGAAGGAUUCGUGGAAUUGGGCCGGUGAUACUCUGCACACCUACCGUGAUGGUCUCUCGAAGGAACAACGGAAACAAAGGGCGGACAUCGAGGACCGCAAGCAAGUCCUGUAUCUGAAAAUAAAGAAUGCUGUGUCGUACGAAGAAUGGCGAAGUUGCGCCAGUGAACUGGACGAACUAGAGGAUAACAACGCUUGGAAGCAGACACUCGAGUGCACCGAAUAUGAUCCUCGUUUGGUACAGGAUCGUUUGCGACAGUUGGAAGAGGCUCGCAUCAGCUGUGAUGUAAGCCGGAUGUUGUUCUUGGUGCGUACUGCGCUGAGUCGGGACCUGGCGCAUAUGAGCAAUGCCUCUCUCUAUCGCCAUUCGCAUAUUGGUACAAAGGACUUGAUCGAUAGGUAUAUCACCACGGCUUUGGAUACUAUCGCUACGCUGGUGGAUCUCUCGGUGCAUGAUCGCUGUGAUGGGUUGGAGCUGAAGUAUAUCCUGGACCAGCUCCUGGCAGCUCGACAGGCAUUUGGUCGCAGUGCUCUCCUUUUCUCCGGUGGUGCCACUUUUGGCAUGACCCAUAUCGGGGUUCUCAAGGCCCUCUAUGAAGCAAAAAUGAUUCCGCGAAUUAUCUCAGGUGCCUCGGCUGGUAGCAUUGUGUGCGCGGUAUUUUGCACGCGCACAGACGAAGAGCUUCCGGCGCUUUUGGAUACCUAUGUACAUGGGGAUUUCGACGUUUUCAAUGAAAAGGGCCAAGAGGAAAAUAUCUUGCAGAAGAUGACUCGUUUUUUGAAGUUUGGAUCAUUUUUUGACAUAUCUCACUUGGCGAAGACUAUCAGAAACUGGCUGGGGGAUAUGACUUUUCAGGAAGCAUAUAACCGCACCCGCAGAAUCCUAAAUAUCUGUGUGUCAAGUGCCGGCAUGUAUGAGCUUCCACGGCUGUUGAACUAUAUUUCUGCUCCCAAUGUGUUGAUCUGGUCUGCUGUCGCGGUAUCAUGCUCUGUUCCUUUUGUCUUUAGGCCAUUCACGUUGAUGGCUAAAGAUCCGUUGACAGGGGAACCGGUCCCCUGGAAUGAUCUUCACAAGCAGUAUAUUGAUGGCUCGGUCGAUGGAGAUUUACCCAUGACACGCUUAUCGGAGAUGUUUAACGUGAAUCACUUUAUAGUCUCCCAAGUGAACCCCCAUGUGGUUCCAUUUCUUCCAAAGGAAACAGGCCCACAGGAUGCGACAAACGACGGCCCUUCGUUCAUUCCUCGAUGGAUGAACAUGAUGGCGCACCUUGCCAAAGACGAGGUUCUGCAUCGGAUGAACGUCCUCUCAGAACUUGGAGUCUUUCCAACAUCAAUGACCAAGUUUGCCUCUAUUGUGAACCAGAAAUAUCAUGGAGACAUCAACAUAUACCCAGAACUCCUUUCCUCUAACCUCCCAAGGCUCCUGGAGAAUCCCACAACGGAGUUCAUGCUUUCGUCAUGCCUGAGUGGCGAGCGGGCGACAUGGCCGAGACUAAGCCGUAUCCGAAACCACUGCGCCAUUGAGCUGGCACUCGAUAAUGCAAUUCAAAAUAUGCGGGCCCGGGUGGCCUUCAGUCCAAGUCAGGUUGAUCUACGUAUGCCGCACCGUAGUCGUCACUCGAUUGACUCGGCAGACAGCAACGGAAGGGGACGUUAUCGGGACAGGCGAAGAGGGUCCCACAGCCCCGAAUUUGAAAAGAGGCAGUCGGGUGGGCAGGAACUACGUCGGCCAGAUCACGAACUGAGAAAGGAACGAAGCACUGUUUCGUUAGAGAACCCGCCUCUCUCGCAAUCAAGCGAGUCAAUCUUCAUGCCAACCCAAACAAGGACCCACCGCCGUACAUCCUCAGUAUUCUUCAGCAAUGGAGGGAUGUUCGAUAUUGGGUCAAGCAGCGAUGACGAGCUCGAACGAUCAUACAUGCUUCGUCCCAAACUCGCAGGCCACCGAACGUUCUCAGAGUCAUCUUCGUUUGGCAGAGUAGCUCCGAGUCACGGGCCCCGCAGCCCUGUCCGGUCCCGACGAUCAUCAUUAUCCUCUAACCCGGCCUAUAAUUUCUCCUCCACGGCUCGUCGCAGUUCCCCAAAGCAGGUUUAUACGCCGUCGGCUCGCGAUUUCUCCGUGACCAUACCACCUUCAUCCCGCCAUCUGCUCAGUAUGACUCCAACGCCAACACUCCUUCCGAGCUCGCCUGAGCCCCUCACGCGCAAGCGGCAGAAUUGA